CACAGAGUUGUUUGUGUGGUUGUGUUUAUUUCAGUGGGUUUUCUCUCUACUUCCUUUCCACGUAAACUCGUCGGGGUGUGGUGAUACGCUGGGCUUUCUGAGCACUGGCAGAGCCUUAAGAAGGAAGUGACAGUUGAGUUUGCUAUAUCCAGAUAGUCUUGCAGUGCAUGAAGUCGGCACACAAGAUCCAGCAGAUGAAAUGGCGGUGAGGCAAAGGAUUUUCAACUCCACAGCACCCUUCUCCGGGUCGUCCCAAGCCGAGCUGAAGGGGUCUUACCCAUCCUGCUCGGCGGCGGAGCAGGAGGCGGAGGAGGAGGAGGAGGAGGAGAAGGACAGCAAAACGGGCUACAUGUCCGGCCUCAGCCCUCUGAUAAAUAAACUCCUGACACAUGGGACCGCAGAGCAAGUGGGAGAAAUGCCGCUGAAGACCUCCACCUUCAUCGCCCAAGCUGAAUGUGAAACCCAGGACUCCCAGGAGUUUAGUCCUUCCUGCCUCAAACACUCCUUUGUUCCCUCCCCGAACUGCUUCACCAGCAGUCUUCCCUCAGAUCACAACAAUGUGGCGUGCCCGACCACGGCCUGCAUCCAGGAGCCCAGCGGCCCUUCGGCGCAGCUCACCCCGAGAAAGAAGACCAGGAAGAGAUCGAAGCGCAAGGGGAAGAAAAAACUGGAGAAGAAGAAGGAGAGGCAGCGCCAGCGACAGCGGAAGCGCUCCGGAGUCCCUGAACAGGAGAGUGGGAGUUCUCGGGUGCGGAUCCUGGACGAGUCUUCUCUUGGAGGGAUAAGCGACCUCAGCUCUUCUUGCUGCAGCAGCGUUGAGAGCUCUGAGGAUCAGAACAGAGGGCCUUCUGUCUACAGCGGACAGAUCUACAACACAGGCUGCAGCUGGGGGGACCCCGUCUGCGGAACCCUCUCCGGUCUCCGUUCCUACGGGCAGGACAGCGACUCGGACUCCCUCAGCAGUCUGGGAGACUGUUCGCUGGCUCUUGCUGGUCUCAGGGGCAGCGUCAGCCAGGGGGACCCGUGCUACGCGGGGGCCUUCUUCAAAGAUGUGGCGAGGGAAGUCAGAGAAGAGGAAGAGGAAGAGCGCUCAGCGGCUGACUCUGUCAGCACUGAGGGAAUCAUCUUUUACAACGAAAAAAUCCAGCCUGUGGACUCUGAAUACAAGGAAGGGAGUGAGUACGUCCUCACACAGUUCAUCAAGGAGGGCUCCUACGGGGAAGUACACAGCGCUCAAGAUGUCAACACAGGCUUCAAAUUCGCUGUCAAAAAGAUCGCCCUGAAGAGGUUCAGCAGUGAGGAGGUGGGUGCGUGGAGUGCCCUCAGAUCUCCUCGUGUGGUGGAACUCUUCGGAGUGGUCCGAGAGGGGCCUAAUGUGGUCCUCUUCAUGGACCGCAAGUUCGGCUCUCUGGGUCAGCUGAUAGCGGAGCGCGGCCGGCUGCCAGAGGACCGGAGUCUCCACUACCACGCACAAAUCCUGACAGCACUGGAGUACCUACACAAGAAAAAAGUGGUGCAUCUAGACAUUAAAGCUGACAACGUGUUGCUGUCGGAGGACGGUAGAGACUCUUUCCUGUGCGACUUCGGCCACGCAGAGAGACUGGACCGUCAGGGACAGAGCCUCAGCGGGUCCAAAGAUAUGAAGGGCACAGAGUCCCACAUGGCCCCUGAGAUCGUGAAAGGGGAACCCCGCGGAGCCAAAGCAGAUGUGUGGAGCAGCUGCUGUUUGUUACUGCACAUGCUGAACGGGUGUCAGCCGUGGACCAGAUACUACACCUGUAGACUUUACCUGAAGAUUGCCAACGAGCCGCCGCCUCUGAGGGAGAUCCCGCCCGAAUGCAGCCCCCUCACAGCGGAGGUUAUCACGGCGGGACUUCAGAAGGAUCCGGCCAAGAGAGCGUCAGCGUCGGACCUCAAAGGGAAAACUGUCAGAGCUCUGAAAGAAGUGGGAGGACUCACCAGUCCAGUGAAGGGACCCUACACAGAGCCUCUGUAUAUUUCCGACAAACCUCCGGACUCCCUGCAACUUAUCAACAGCAGCGUAGACUAUGAGGAUCAAGAGUCCGUUAGGAAACUAACCACCACAGGGAGCAGGGCGGAGGAACAGGGCGAUGAAGAGGCUGAUCGUAGUGAGUCAAAGCGAGACUCGCCCUUCUGUCCACAAACGCUGAUCUCCGAGCCGAACUACAAGAGGGGCCACAAAGUCACCACCGUGCCCGAGCUCGAGCUGCGAAAACUGGAGCGAGAUUUCUACCUGAGCAGUCUGUCCACUCUCCACUCUGCAGAGAAGCAGGAGCAGUUCCUGUCGUGUCUCAGCAGUGACCCUUACUCCCCCUGGGAGCUGUGGGACAAAAAGGACUCUGGCCGCUGGUCUCUGAGUCCCGGAGACGACUUCAGCUCCGGUGUCUUCUCCUACAACAGUCAGCCAGACGUGCAGGUUUCCAGUUUGGAUUUGCUGAGUCACACUCAGCUCCCACCGCCCUGCUGCUUUGAAGGGGUGGACGUCUGCAUCAGAGACUUCAACAGGAAGAGCAUCCGCAUCAGGGAGACGCGUCGGGUGAAGGUCGGCCACAUCGCCUCGGGAAUCAGCGAUCAGAUCACCCAGAGGGUUUUCACCCUGGAGACCCAGCACGGCCAGCAGGUAGCUCACGACGAGGAGGUGCAGGAGUCCGGUCUGGAGCUCAGCUGUGUUCCUGCUCCGGACUUCAGCUCCGCCUGGAGGUGGAGGAUCAAAGACGGAGUGCUGGAGACGAGAUAAGAGACCACGGCUUCCCUCCAUCCAUCAUCUGCAGUGUCAUCUGAACCGUCCUACAUGUGGCCUUCUGUUGAAUUGUUUUUAAAUGUUUGCCUUCAAUUUGUCUCAAUUUGUGAGUGUGUUUUUUUUAAUAUGGACCAAAAAUAAAUCCACCACCAGUCAGUCCUCCGUCCUAAGCACAAGUGUCUCAUGUUUCAAAUUCCAUAAUGGGGGCCGAUGUGUUGCCUUUUGUCUCUAAAGUGCUCAUUAUUCAGUCACUGUACUUGUUUCAAUAAACAGCAUAU